CUGGAAAGAUUUGCGCCGAGGAAUUCAACCAAUCUCCGCAUCGAUGGACGAAACCGGGCCGAGUAGCAGGAAAAACUCCUGCUUAUUAUCGACGAGAUCAGUAUGCUGGGUGCGCGGACGCUGUAUAUAAUGAACGAGCAACUGUACAGACUUCGAGGGUAUACGGACGACUUUGGCGGCAUCCCGAUUAUUAUCUUCUGCGGGGAUUUCCGGCAGUUCCGUCCGAACAAGUUUACCAUAGUCGUGAUGCUCGACGAACAGGUCCGUGCGGCUGGAGACCCACGACUCCAGCAACUCCUUAGGCGGAUCCGGCACGGCGUACAAGAUCAGUCCGAUAUGGAUUUUCUGAACGACACGUGCUACCAGGAAGGUCGACGCAUCCCAUGGGAGUCCGGCAUAACGGUAAUCACGCCGCUGAAUCGGAACCGCUGGAAUCUGAACCUCGAAGCUAUGCUAUCCUUCCAACGCCAAAGGCAAGGCGUACUUCGGAUUUUCAUGUCUGAGCAUAAGUGGAAAGAUGGCCAGCCUACGGAGGAGGAGGCCCUGAUGCUGUUAAGUCAGGGGGACGACAGCGCCGUUCCCGUCCCAGCUAUCUUCAUGUUCGUCCCGGGGAUGCCCAUCGCCGUAAACCAAAACACCCACCAAGGCCUGAAGCUGGUCAAUGGCGCCCGCUAUACGGCAUUAGACGUCGUCCUCGACCAGGCAUUCCCCGGGCAUCGCGUCAACGCCGAUACCAUACUCUACUUCGGGCCUCCGGCCGGGAUCGUGCUGGCGACCGAGACGACGAGAGAGUGUAACUUCGUCGGCAUGGCAGCCGGCACCAUCCUCCUAACGCCCCAGAUGCACGACGUCAGCCGGCGAGGAUUGCCGUGCGCAGCGGCGUUCGUAUACACGGAUUAUAAGGUGCAAGGAAAGACGUUGGACCGAGUGGCGCUGGAACUUCGCGGCGCGAGGACGACGAACGUCGAUGGCCAGGCCGUCCCCAGUCAAUGCGAUGCCUACGGCCUAUACGUGCAACUGUCGCGCUGCCCAUCGCUAGAUGGGAUUAUGCUCCUGUCUCGAGCGCGGGAAAGAGACAUUAUCGGCAAUCGAGUGCCCGAUAACAUAGUCGCCGCCGAGAAUAGGCUAGAACGACUAAGCGAGGGGACGAUUCGAGACGCAGAACGUUGGGACUGGUCAUCAGAGGAGGGACAGACGGUAUAUUAAGGGGAAGCAAAUGCGGCCUAGAUAUAUUAAGUAAACCAGGCAUUGGCUAGCGGAGCGCAAAUAGAGCGAGGGACAUUGAAAACCGACCCUUUGUAACAUUGAUCGCUUAACGAUGGGGAGACCUCGCCUUCUGUUUUU